GCCGUAUGCGCAUGUGUAGUCCUUUAGCUUACUGGAGUAGCUAGAGAAGUGGAAGAGAAGAGUAAGUGGACCUGAUCGUUGAAUUCUUUGCUUGGCAAGACUGGUUGCCAGAAAAAGCACAUCCCGCUCUACUGCGGGGACGGAGGAACAGCUGGUAUCCGUGAAACUGCUACGGAGUUAUAUUUUUUGAGCUCUUUGAUAAUGAGCUCCCAGCAGUUUCCUCGUUUGGGCGCCCCGACUGCUGGUCUGGGAUCUCUUCCAGCUGCUAUGCCUAGCAGCAGCACUGUGGCAGGAAUCGUGCCAGGACUUCCUCAGAGUACAGUUUCUGGUGAUGACACAAAUCGGGAUAUGGAACAUGUUCCUCGUGAGUCUGGCACAACAGCUGCUACAUUAUCGUCUAGAGAUGAAAAGCAAGAAACUGUGGUAGUGAGGCCUUAUCCCCAGGUUCAGAGUCACACUCAACUGACAGCUCUCAGCCAGCAUUCUUCCCUGCCAUCAGGAUCUUCCGUUCCCAUCACAGCUCCUCAGCCUCCUUCUCACCUAGCCCAAGCAAUGUCCCUGCCUUUUCCAGAGAGCUUACUGAAGCCCACUUUAAAGGCAACCAUACAGUCUCGCCCAAUUGCCCCAGCUCCAUCUUCUGGGCAGACUCAUGUCAGUGCUCAGUCAAAGCUUCAGGGUCACAUGACUGUAACCAUGGAGAGUGCUAUGCCCCAAGCUUCAGCUAUUCCUGUAGCAACCAUCAGUGGACAGCAGGGUCACCCUAGCGGUCUUCACCACUUAAUGGCUACCAAUGUGCAAAUGUCAAUCAUCCGCAGUGGAACACCGGCGAGUCAGCUCCACAUUGGGGCUUCCCACCUUCCACGAGGUGCUGCAGCUGCUGCUAUGAUGUCUAAUACAAAAGUGACUACAGUACUUCGACCAGCAUCUGCCCAUAUACCAGGAGCAGCUGCUGCACAGCCAACUAUGCAACAUAUCAUUCAUCAGCCCAUUCAGUCUCGUCCCCCUGUGAGUACUUCAGCCACUGUUCCUGCAGCUGUGGUAGCAACUGUUUCAGCGACAAGAGCACAGUCUCCUGUUAUUACUUCAACUACUACUCAUGCCACGGAAACAGCUCUUAGAUCAGCAGUUUCUUUACAGCAGCAUGCUCCUCAAGCAGCAAUUGGUAUCCAGAGAUCUGCUCCACCCAGAGACGCUGCUACACGUAUUACACUGCCUUCCCAUCCUGCCAUGGCAGCACAGAAGCCUCAGCUUCAUACAGUGGCACAGAAAACAAUAUUUAGUACUGGAACUCCGGUAGCUGCUGCUACAGUAGCUCCGAUCUUGGCAACUAACACCAUUCCUUCUUCUACUACUGCAGGCUCUGUGUCCCACACCCAGGUCACCACAAGUACAAUUGUGACUAUGACAGUGCCCUCACACUCGCCACAUGUGACCACAGUGACCACAUCCAACAUCCCUGUAGAGUGGACAAUAUACUUUCCUUUUCUCAAAAGCCUAGCACAAGUAAAACUUACAGGGAGAAAUGACCAUGUUUCUCGGCAAACUGUGCCAUUUCAGCUGCAGUAUUUUUUGCCAACGUAUCAGCCAACUGCUUAUCCUCUGACCCCUCUGACACAUGCGUACACUCCAAUCACCAGUUCUGUGUCCACAAUACGUCCAUACCCAGCCCAAGCAGUAAGUUCACCUAUCACUGCACAAACCAGUGUGGGUGUCGCCUCAACAGUUCAUCUCAAUCCCAUGCAGCUGAUGACUGUAGAUGCUUCACAUGCUCGUCACAUCCAGGGUAUUCAGCCAGCAUCUGUUGGCACCCAGAGUAUUCAGCCAGCACCAAUCGGUGCACAGGCCAUGCAACCAGCAGCACUUGGAACACAGACCAUGCAGACAGCAACACUUAGUGCUCAAGGAAUGCAGAUGGCAACGCUUAGUGCUCAGGGUAUGCAGGCUGCUCAAGUAGGAACUUCCAGUCUCCACACUGCCACAUCCAUUAGCACACAGAAUAUCCAGCCAAGUCCAGUGAAUUCGCAGCAACCACAGGUGGAUCCCAAGACCUCAGUGCUUUUAGCAGAUGGACCCACCCUUGUGACAAACUCCAUUAACAGUACUUUCAGCUCAGUGUCAGCACCAGCCACUGUGGCUCCUACUCACACGCAGAAUACCAGUACAAGUGCACCAGCUCAAGGUUCAUCACCACGACCUAGCAUACUUCGUAAGAAACCAGCCACUGACGGCCUGGCAGUACGGAAAAGUCUCAUCCCUCCACAACCAUCAGAAGCCUCCAGUCCUCGGGUGGAGACCACAAUGCGAAAUGCUUCUGGGUCUCCUCGACCUGCUGGGGUGAAGCCAAAACCUGAGAUCCAUGUUUCAAUAGCGGCUCCAGUUAGCAUGUGUGUAGAGGGAAUUACCAGUCAGACCAUUGAACAGCCUACUGUUGCAGUUACACCAACUACCCAGCAGCCCCCACAAGUCAUCCCCGCUGUUGUCGCUGCCGCCAGUCCUCAGCCAUGCGUGACACCAACAGUCAUCCCAGCAUCUGUGCCAACAACUCCACCUACCCCCUGUACUGUAGCCAGUACAAUCGCACCACUCAUACAGGCUAUGGUCAGCAGUGCCCCACCAAAUACGCUGCCUACCACAGGCCUGGAAGUUAAAGUGAAAGAAGAAGUAGAACCUAUGGAGAUAACACAACCUGUGACAGUGUCAGCUGUCCCUUCUCUGACUUCUGCAGCUUCUCCUGCUUUGACAUCUUUGCCCAACAGCCUGACACUUCCUCCUGGUGAGCUGCCACCAGGUGCUUCCCCAAGAAAGAAACCUCGAAAGCAGCAGCAUGUUAUUUCAACUGAGGAGGGUGACAUGAUGGAAACAAACAGUACGGAUGACGAGAAGUCUAACCAGAAACCAGCAGUGGUCAAGGUAGAAAAACGGAAGUCACCACCAAAGGAGUAUAUAGAUGAGGAGGGAGUACGGUACGUACCUGUAAGACCAAGACCUCCCAUCACUCUGCUUCGACAUUACCGCAACCCUUGGAAAGCUGCCUAUCACCAUUUUCAGCGAUACAGUGAUGUCAGAGUCAAAGAAGAGAAAAAGACAACUCUGCAGGAAAUUGCUAAUCAAAAAGGAAUUGCAUGUCGAGCUCAAGGGUGGAAAGUUCAUUUGUGUGCAGCUCAGUUGUUGCAACUGACCAGCCUAGAGCAUGAUGUGUUCACCCGUCUUAGUGCCCUUCAGGAAGGUAUUGUUCCAAAGAAGAAAGCUGCAUCUGACGAUGAUCUGCAUCGCAUAAAUGAACUUAUCCAGGGUAACAUGCAGAGAUGCAAAUUGGUUAUGGACCAGAUCUCGGAGGCAAGGGAUGCUAUGCUAAAGGUUCUUGACCACAAGGAACGAGUCUUGAAGUUGCUGAACAAAAAUGGAACAAUGAAGAAGGUGCCAAAGUUGAAAAGGAAGGAAAAGGUCUGAAGGACACUAUAAAUUGAGACUGCAUAGGGUUUGUCCUUUAAAAGCAGCAAAGAAUUUUUAGUUUAGGAACAGAAUCCGGAAGAAUUUCUCAAGGAAACAUUUAAAGCAGAGACAGUCACAAGGAGGCCGCAACUGCCAUUGAGAGGAAGGAUUUUCCUGGCUGAAACAGAAUUGUAGAAAGUUUCAGUAUACUGUCAACUGCAGCAGUUAAGCUGAACUGAAAUACAGUACUGUGCUUUCACAGGUGUUUCCCACAGUAGUGAGAGACUUGAGCACUAAACAGGUGGAGCAGAGAGAGAACCCCAGGGAUUGCAUUGUUACACUUGUUGGUAGCCAUGUUUAACCACCCCUUCUCAUGCACUAAGGGGUGCGGGCAAUGGUCAGUCUUCAAGGAAGAUGAGUAAAUAGUUUGUAAUAUCUUUUAUAUACAUGCCUAAUGCAAAUAAGCUAGGCAUGAUUACUUUCAGAAAUGUAUAAAACAAACGGAUCAUGUUGUAAUAAUGUUUUUCUUUAAAAGCAGAAUUUUUAAUUAACAGUUAAAUUGAAAUUCUCAUGUCAGGCUAAGAAUCCAAUUUUUUUUAUUUCUAAUUGUCUUAAAGGUUUCAUAUUCAAAAACAGCCUUUUUAAAUGUUGCCAAGUAUUUUUUUUUUUUAUUCAUUGUCCUGUAUAUGCUAUGUCAGAUAUGCAGGGGAGAUUGCACAGAGACCUAAAUUCGUGAUGACUCCCUUGGACAGCCCUUUGAAUUGGAUUUGAUCAGUGUAGCUAUAAUGUAUCAUAAACACCAAGAUAGUAAUAAAGUGAGUUUUUAUUUAACAAGAAUAUAGACA